GCUCUUCCCAGGCGCCUGCGGAAGCUGCUGUAAAAUGUCGUGACGGACGUCGCCGCUUUGCGGCCGUCUCUGUGAGAAGCCGAGCCCCGGGAGUGCCCACCGCAGUUAGCGGUUCCUUGAGCGGAGUCCUGAGCGAGGGCGAAAGCACUCGGGCGCGCGCGCUCCUGGCCUGUCCGCCGCGCCCGCGAGGGCUCCGGGCGAUGUGAACUCGAGGCGGCUGCUGUGCUCCCAGGCCUCGGGGAGGCAGGUGCCUGGGAGGCCGCCGGGGGGCCCGGCAGGAUGGAGGAGAGCAUGGAGGAGGAGGAGAUGCUCAGCUACGAGGCGAUGAUGGACGACCAGAACCACAACUGGGAGGCCGCCGCGGACAACUUCCGGCAGCCUCCACCGCCACCGCCACCGCUACCGCCCUCGUCGUCCAUCCAGGAUCCCGGCCGAGAAGCCCCGGGGGGCCAGCUGCUGGCUAUGCCCGUGGGUUCUGUGGACGGGAAGGACCCUAAGGAGGGGCUCCCGCUGGGGCCUCCGCCCUUGCCGGAGCCCAACGGGGUGAUCAUGAUGUUGAAGAGCUGCGACACGGCUGCCGCGGUGACCAAGGCGGCCUCCGCCCCCACCCCCAGCUCCACCAUCAACAUCAACACCUCCACUUCCAAGUUCCGUAGAUUCCAGGAUUGGACUCAGGCCCUUAGGCUUGUUGUGAUGAAUGUCAUAACAAUCGAGGAUUAUAAGAGCACAUACUGGCCAAAAUUAGAUGGUGCCAUAGACCAACUUUUAACCCAGAGUCCUGGUGACUAUAUACCUAUAUCCUAUGAACAGAUUUACAGCUGUGUAUAUAAGUGUGUGUGCCAGCAGCACUCGGAACAGAUGUACAGUGACCUGAUUAAAAAGAUAACCAGUCACUUAGAACGAGUCUCCAAGGAGCUGCAGGCCAGCCCUCCAGACCUCUAUAUUGAGAGAUUUAAUAUAGCUCUGGGACAGUAUAUGGGAGCAUUACAGAGCAUCGUGCCUCUUUUCAUAUAUAUGAAUAAGUUUUACAUAGAAACUAAACUUAACAGAGACUUAAAAGAUGAUCUUAUAAAGCUGUUUACGGAACACGUUGCAGAAAAGCACAUUUACAGCCUAAUGCCUUUACUUUUAGAAGCCCAGUCAACACCAUUUCAGGUCACACCUUCAACUAUGGCAAAUAUUGUGAAAGGCCUGUACACUCUCAGACCAGAAUGGGUUCAGAUGGCUCCGACUUUGUUUUCUAAGUUUAUUCCAAACAUUCUGCCUCCAGCUGUGGAAUCUGAACUAUCUGAAUAUGCCGCUCAAGAUCAGAAGCUUCAAAGAGAACUUAUACAGAACGGUUUUACCAGAGGUGACCAGUCCCGGAAGAGAGCUGGGGAUGAGUUGGCUUAUAACAGCCCGUCCGCUUGUGCAGGUUCCAGGGGAUACAGAUAGUGACUGUUGAAGGACUUUUCUCCCGGAGAGAAGACACUGGAGCUGCAGACACUGUUCCAGGCACAGUGGGGCCUGCACCACUCAGGAGCUCUGUCAAAGGCUGUUCUCAGAGAGGAUGCCACACUUCUUUCUUUUGAUUUUCAGUUUUAAAAAACAAGAACUAACAAAAACAAUUGCUGCUAGACUUGAGGGUGAUUUUGAAAUGGGACAAUCUUUUAUUAAGUUUAUCUACAGAGCAAGUGUCUUGGAGAGUGGCCAUUGCUAAUUGAAGCCCAACAUGCAAAUCAGCUUCCUCCAAAAAAUACAAAAAUGAAAGAAUUUUUUUUUAAACACUUGUCUUGUUCUUCUGUAGACUAGGCACAUGGUGCCUCAUGUCAAGAUAUCUUUGCUUUAAAACCAAGCAGAUGCUACAGUACAGUGUUUUCACCUGUGACCCAAACAAUGUUUUAAAUUCAGAAUCGGCCUGUGUUUAGCACUAGUCUUAUGGAGGAAAAUGCUAAUAACUGCUUUCACUAUAACUUUCCCCAUCAGUUCACGUUAUUAACUCUGUGCCUUGAGCUUUGUGCACUUUUGCAACUGUGUGACCAUGUCAUCAAACUCAAAAUGCUUCCUGGAGAAGUUGAUAUCCCAAACUGACCCACCAAGGCCUCUGGUGUGGCCUUCUGGCAGGACCUGAUUGAGAAAAUGGAUAGGGGUCAGAAUUCACCUUCUGUCCCAGUUCUCAUGGGGACCAACUCUUACUGAGUGGUUUCCCUCCUGCCAUCUCCCCGUCUGAACUUAUCAGCCUCUGUAGUGUGGGUGGAGCUCUGUCUGGUUCAGGGCUGUGCUACUGUAGAGAUUGCCCAACCGGGGGAGCUGCUCCCUGAAUCCCUCUAGGGAGCGGUGUUAGUAAAGCCAAAUAUGGUGAGUAGUCUUGGUCCAUCUCAUUUUAAUCGAUGCAUUUAGUAUUUGUAAAAGGUCAACUCUGCCCUGGGUCUUGUAAACAUCAUGUUUGAUAUUUGAAUACAGUAGGGGAAGAGUUUGCACUGGUUUUUGAAGGCUUCCUUCAUUUGGACUUUCUGUCUCACUGCAUCAACAGUGCUCUUUAGGUCCUCACAAAAGUCUGAAGCUUACUCCAGGUGUUUUUUCCAGUGGUAAACAACAAAUAGACCUGGUGAAGGAAAAUAUUUUUCUCCUCAGUUUUGCUUGAAUGUGAAGUGAGCCUUGGCUUUGUGCUCAGCAGGCUUUUGCCGACAAUGAUUCUGAGCCUUCAGAGAAUGCCUCCUCAGGCUACUGCUGCGAACUCAGUGGGCAGAGAGUUAGAAAUGGGAUACAGGGGCAAGAACGUUGCCCUAUAGCAGUUCAGGAUUUGUAAAUGAUGGUCUAGGGGAGGAAUAGUAAGAGCUGACAGCUUGGCUCUUUUGGGUACUUCUCUGCAGUUGGUAGUUUGUGGGGUUUUUAGUUGACUUAGUUUCAUUUGGGUUAUAUUGAAGAACCUAGAUUAGGGACAGGCAGGCUCUUACUGUGGCCUGCACAGCCUUUUCUGCUCUAAUAGCAAGGGAAAUUUUCAUUUUAUCAAGAAGUCCAAAGUUUGCUUUUCUGUUGGGAUGUUUGCCGCACAGUUGUAAUAUCAUUUGGAACUGGUUUCUUCUACAUGGCUUUAAUAUUUUUGACAGUAAACUUGGAACAUUUCUUGAAACAUAGGUAAGUAGCUCAGUGUCCUAAUUUAUACUCCUCCCCUGAAAGAGAGUACACUUUUUUUUGUCUAACAGAACCUUCCCUAUAAAAGCAUUAUAUUAUGUAAACUGGCAUUAAAGUGAAUGCUUUUGUUAUUAAAUUAAUGGAGAAGUAAUCAUACUCAUUCUGUGUUAGCACAAAAUGUGCAGGGAAAACCUGUGAAGUUCUUUGAGUUAGAGUUGGCUACAGCUGUACAGAUGCUAAAAGGUGUGGGGGAAAGUGUGAUCCUUACAGUCUGUAAAACUUACUCAAGGUGAAAUUGGUCUAGCUUAUUAAUUGAAAUCUUGACAGAAUUCUUAGUCCUCAACUAUGGAGAAAUAAAAACCUGCUCUGGAAAUUAGUAUUUCCAGAAAAUGUGUUCUUGCCAGUGCAGUGUGCACUUUUUCUACUCCUGCUGAGGACUACUUAACCUUAUCCUCAAAGGCCAAAUAAUAUAGAUCGCUUAGCCAGUCAUUGUAGUGCAGUUAUUUGGCUAAGCUGGCAAGUGUGUGCGUUAGCCUGGAAGUCAGCCCUAAAAGAAAGCCACAAAUUGUGCGUUAUUUCUAGUUACUGGUUCCCAUAACAAGUCGUUUACUCUCUUUGCUAGGAUGAAGUUGGUUUGUGUGUAGGUGCAGAGUGCAGAGGAAUGGGUGCCCUUGGUCAUGACACUGCAUAUAUGUCUCUAGUGCUCAGACCUGUGUAGCUGCUGCCCCCCUUGUUUGCUUUUUGUCAGGUUGCAAAUUUGCACACAUGAAUGAUUCCUCAGGAACAAUUUGCACACUCCUCACUUCAGUGUACUCUGUAUAGACCAAACAUCAUCAGAGGUUAUCGGCACAAGAGGCUUCAUACAUACUAGCAAAGGCCGUGGUGAGCUUGCAAACAAAACUGGUUUCUGCAGGUCAUGGGAAGAGGAGCACACAGUGUUUAAAUGACCUCUCGGUUCUCCCUGUAAAUAAUUUCCAGAUUUUCCUGUCUUAUUGAGGCUGUGUUUGUUUUGUUUUGUUUUCUCCUGUUUCCUCUCACAGUAGUUAAUUAAUUAUUUCUCUGGUUAAUUGCCCUUGAGCUAAGAUUCAAUUAUUAAGCAGCCAACAUUAAGUAAGCAUUAUUCUACAGAUGUAUAUUCAUAGAAUAUACUAAUCUGAGAUAAUAAGAAACAACAAAAAGCCUGCAUUAGCUAUCCAACUGUUAGAGUGUUUAGAGUUUUGGGGUUUUUUGUUUGUUUGUUUUUAUGGUGUAUCCCUUGAGCUCGUAGCUUGGAAUAUUGUAUUUGCUUUUAUCCAAGUGGUAAUCUCUUAAGGGGAUUUUAAAAUUCAAAGUUGGAAUGUGACACUGGUAACUGACACAGCUGAAACCCAGUGUAGAGAACCUUUUCUGUUGUGAUCACUGCGUUCAGAAAAACUGUGCAAAAUAAAGUUCAUUUUUACCAGAAGUUGCAGAGGUUCGUAGAGAAAUGGCUCUUGUGCUUUAAUUGCCACAUCAAAAUUUCCCUUGUCUCCUGACUCCCAGAAUAUUUUGAAGAAACCUGUUCUUUCCCAAAGGAAAUGUCUCCUCUCUGGUCCCCCUGCUACUUAACUGUAAUCACUGCCUCCUCCCUCCUGCCCUAAUUGAGACCUUAACUUGAGCCUCUUUCCAGAGGGGUCCGCCACCUCGCUGCAGGACCUGCUGUUUUACAGAACCAUUCUCUGCUGUAAAGAACUUCACUUUAGGCUUGAUUCAUUUUCAGAAGAGUGCUGAUGGAUUGCACCUCUGGGAAAGUCGUCAGCAUGGGGUUAAGAAUUGAGUGUUUUGGAAAAAAAUAGUUGUGUUGGUUCUUAUAUGUCAUUUAACUAUUGGGACUAUACUAAGUGCAGUAAGACUGAAUGUUCUCCCAGGGUGUGUUUGGGUGAAUGGUUGAUGGCACCCUUGGCUCUUCUUUGUCUUUGUCAGUGUUACAGCCGUGCGAUUGGGGAGAAAUUAUUUAAUGUCACUUAAAAAUGAGAAACUGUGGCUCAAACAAACGCUCAUACAAAGUAUGGAAAUGCCAUGCAGGCACCAAGCUUUUGCCGCCCACCAGCAUAGCAGAGCGAAUGAGGCGUUGCUGUCCAGUUUCCCAUCCGUUUGUCUGGUACUGUCUGUCACCUCUCCUCACUUCCUGAGCUAGGGCACAACGCCACUGGCCUGGGCUCUCUCCUUCUAAACAUUUGGUGGAUUUUGAAUCACUCCUCUGUAUUGGGUGUAUAUUCUCACUCUAAAACAUUGUGGUUAACGAAAAAUAAAUCUUGUACAAAUGUC